CCCCUUCUCCCCAAAGGUGCGACCGCCCCAUCCCACUUGUUAAAAAAAUUUUUUUUAAAAAAAAAGAACAAAAAAGGGGGGGGAAAAAGAAAAGAAAAGAAAAAAAGAAAGAAAGUCUACUAUUCCCACACCUGCCUUUUCGACUUUUCCUUCCGUGGAUGAGUGUGUUGCUAAUCGGAGAUCUCUUGUCCCACCAGCAGAGUUAUGCCUGAAGUUCCGGAGACGAUGCAGGACAAUAUUGCCCACCUCGAACAUGAAGCCCGAUCUCCCCAUCGCAUUCAAUAUGCUCCUGUACAAUAUGAUCGGUCUCAUUUCCCCGAGCGGACUUCCUCUGCCGCCGUAGUCCAGGGACAGCCUAUUACUGCCGGCUACGACGACAGUACUCACUAUGAACAGUCGGCAGUCUACGAUACCAUGGAACCUCCUAAUUUUUCGGCGUUCCCUGUCCUGCGCAACCCUCCACCAAAUGUGCCUCCUACUGAUGAGCAGAGAGAAGCGAGUUUGGAGAGGGCUCGGAUGGCAGUACUUUCCUCCAAUGAUCCCGAAAUGCAAUUGGCUUGGGCCCAAGACUCCCUGGCUUAUGUCGAGGUCGCUAUGCAGAAUGAAGCUCGUCUUUCUCUAAUUCAGCCUCCACGUCCCCAAACCCCGCAAGUGGAGCAUCAGUUGAAGGUCGACGCGAUGAACAUCGUUAAUUUCUUAGCCGAUCAACACCACCCUAAGGCUGAGUUCAUAAAAGGCAUGUGGCUGGAGUUUGGUAAAUUCGGGUAUCGCGUCGAUAAGAAGGAAGCAUUCAGAUCUUACUCGAGAGCUGCGGAGAAAGGGUAUGCCAGGGCUGAGUAUCGCAUGGGGAUGCAGUUCGAGAGUUCCGGUGAGCCCGAAAAGGCCAUCCGACAUUACGAAAAAGGCGUUGCUCUUGCGGAUUCUGCCUCUUUCUACCGUUUGGGAAUGAUGAUCUUGCUUGGCCAGCAUGGGCAGCGUCAAGACUAUCAAACCGGUCUUGAUUAUAUCCAGCUCGCUGCGCAAUCCUGCGACGAGAAUGCGCCUCAGGGUGCCUAUGUUUAUGGCAUGCUUCUGGCGCGGGAGCUGCCCCAAGUGAGCGUUCCGGAGAAUUUUCUUCCUCUUGAUCUCAAUGCCGCUCGCGUUAAUAUCGAAAAAGCUGCGUACCACGGAUUUGCUAAAGCACAAGUCAAGAUAGGUGCCGCAUAUGAACUAUGCCAACUUGGCUGCGACUUUAACCCCGCGUUAUCUCUGCAUUACAACGCAUUGGCUGCACGGCAAGGAGAGCCUGAAGCAGAAAUGGCCAUCAGUAAAUGGUUCCUUUGUGGACAUGAGGGCGUAUUUGAGAAAAAUGACGAGCUAGCAUUCACAUACGCUCAGCGUGCGGCGCAAAGCGGGUUCCCAACUGCUGAAUUUGCGCUGGGAUACUUCUACGAGGUCGGUAUCUUUGUUCAAGUCGAUAUUAAAGAAGCUAGAAGCUGGUAUGCAAAAGCCGCAGCAAACGGAAACAAAGAUGCCACCAGUCGAAUCGACAGUAUCUCACGUUCAAAGACGUUGUCCCGAAGGGACCAUGAGCAGGUUGCAAUUGCUCGGAUCAAGUCACGCUACGGCUCUCACCAGCGAAAGGACUCCAUCCAAUCAGUUUCAGAGAAUCUUGAAAUGCCGGAUCCUUCACGAAUGAGUCUUUCAGACAAUCCCCCACCAAGUGCUCCAUAUCCCGACCGGCCACCGUCCCGAGCUCGGCCAGUGUACCCGCCAGGCUACUCGAUGCCUGACCCACGGCCAAGCUCAGCAUUCGGCAUCAAUCCGAACAUUCGCUCCAAUACUCCUAACUAUAACCGUGCGGCUUCAUAUGGGCCUGGGCCGAUGGGGUAUCGCUCUCCUGCCCCUGUGACGCCGACGACCAGCGGCCCGGCAAGCCCCACGUCGGCAGCACCCAAGCUCGACAUUGGCUACUCCGCACCGAUUGAAUCUCCAAACUCGAGACGUCCCCACCGGUUGGACAAUACACCACCCGAUCGACGACCCGUCAGAACGCCUAUCUCUACUCAGGGCGGCCCUGUAGGCUCCCCAAAGCCAAUGGCCUCUCCUUCUUCUGCAACAUUUCCUCAGCGUAGUGAAUCCAUGGCGCCGCCAAAUGCACCUUCGGCAUCCUCAACGCCGAAGCCCUCACCUGUGUCGGCCUCAGCCAGCCAGAAGCCUGCAGCACAGCCAGCCAAGUCUCAAGGCGGCUUACCAGGCAAGGGCCCCAAGACAUUUGAGGAAAUGGGAGUCCCGACUGCCCAGAAAGACAAUGAUUGCAUCGUCAUGUGAUACCCUUGAGUCGUUGUAACCUCGGCGCUGUAUUCCACCUGUUUCUUAUCCGGACAGUUCUCGGGGAUAGGGUUGAAGGAGAAACAGUUUGUUAUCUGGAGAUAACAAAGGAAGAAUCUAAGAUAUGGGCAACGGCAAUAUGUGAUUGGCGAGCUGAACUCCGCCCCCCUUUUCCCCCUUUCGUUUCAUGCAAUAUAUUCGUUCUUAAUCCUAACUUGCCACCCUCUUCGUCUCUCUUCCUCUUCCUUUUUUUUUUAUUUUUAUCUUGCUUUCUUAAGAUAGCAUCUUGGUUGACGGAUACAGCACAAUCCUUUGGUAUUCGAUUUUUGGAUGGUUGGAUCGGCUGACAGUUGCCUAUUCUACUCGAAGCAUGUAUUCUAUACUCUUAUGAGCUCCAGGCGAUCUACAUAUACUACUAAAAUGCCUCGUAAAGAAUUCCACUGUUUGUAG